CAUAAAGAUGGUUGAGAGAGCCGCGACGAGGACGCAAAUAAUCAAUUAACCAGCAUGGAUCGCCUCCUACGCCUUGCACCUCUGGCGACAUCGUCAGCUUUCGUCAUGUGCUCUGCCACCCAGCAGUUCACAAUGACCAGCUUCUUCGAUCCUUCCGUGCCCCCAGAAGGCCGCGAAGUCGUCUUUCCCCGCUGGCUCCAAUCAUUCGCCAAUAUCUCCUUGAUGUCAGGGUCCGCGCUUGUCAGCACAGCCGUCCUCUGCGCGGCCAAUGCUGCCAUUGGCCCGGGGGAUGGCGUCGAUCAACCCGCCACCAAACUUUGGCUGGCGGGCCUCGCCUUCACGCUUGGUCACCUUUACCCUCUCCGUUGGGGCAUGAAAUUGAUGGGCCUCCGGAACGACGGCUACAAGAAGUACUCGAAGCCGGAGAUAGUCGAGUUCUUGGGCACGUUUUGCAAGGUCAACAUCCAGAGACUCUUGCUCGUUGAUCUUCCUGGAUGGUGCUGCGUCUUUGCUGCGGUCUUUUCGAGUCUCAGUCAGUCUUGAUGGAAAUUGGCUGUCCAACUCUACCUCUAUUAUUAGGGCAAGGAAAGUUGUAGAUAACUACGGUCUGUUCCCUUUUCAGUGCUGACUGUUUUUUUUAAAAAUUGUCUGUUUUUUUGAACGGUGAAUGCAUGCAAAGGUGCAUUUAAAACAUAGCUAAAUACACUGAUAAAUGACUUUUAAUGGCUUAGAGUUGCAGACUUGCUUAAAGAUUGUUGUAAUCAAAUCUUGACUGCGUACUCAGAUAACCUAAAGGUUUCAAAUUGUGU